UAACAACAAAUGAAUUCACUACAGAGUUUGUUACUUUUAAAUGCAAUUGGUCUAGUUACCUUUGGAUGCGUCUAUUCCAGUGACGUGAUCUCUGACUAUGUGAAAAAUGACAUCUCACAACUGGAAAAACAUUAUAAAACAAAUGAUUCCGCCUUGGCUGGUGGAGGUCCAUUGUUCCUCAAUGUUCUCAAAUAUGCUGAUAAACAGGAAAGCGGAGAGAAGAUACUUCUUAGAGAAAUAGUCAAUGUGUAUAUUGAUAUCCUCAAGAACAUGAAUGACACCUUUUCAAAAAACAGCACCCAGCAUAUAUACAGUGAGAUGAAGAUACUGCAAAAAGAGUUUGCAAGUGGGAAAGGCACCACUCUGAUAGAAGAGUUAAAUAAACUAAGGGAAAUUAAGAAAAAUGAUCUGAUUGUUCAGCGUAAAGCUAUGCUUGAACUGAAACAAGUGCUAGAAAAAGCCAUGAGAAUCAAAAUAAAACUUCAAAAAAACAAGCAGAAGAGAAGGAGGAGACGAGUAAACUCAUCAUAA